UGCAUCUUUUCCAACUUUAUUCGUUUGUCCAGCUUUUUCUUUUUUAUGGUUGAGGUUGUGCUUUACGCUUUGAAGGCUUGGAAUUUUAGAAGUGCUUUAAUAAAUAAAUUGUGCGCUGGAUCUCCACUUUAAUCAUCAGAAAUAAAGAGAUCGGGCUGCGUUCGAUCAAAUAUGAAAAUGGGUUGUCGAGCAAUUUGAGAAGUGGUCAGUAGUGGUAUAGGAAUAGCACUUCCCUCUGUGUUCUCUAUAUAAGGAAUAGCACUUCCCCCUGGUAUCUCUUUUUAACUGGUCAGUAGUGGUCACUGGUUCAGUUAUUGUUCCUGCAGCUUAAUUUUCUCUUGAAGCUUAGAAGGGCCGGUAGGUACGUACGAAUGGAGGAACCAAUCGGAGAAUAUUCCUGCCCCGUGCAAAUCAUCGACUCUGACGGUGAUUUCAAGAAUGCUGGGCUUGACCGUUUCGUUGAGCAAGUGAAGCUUGGUGAAUGCGGGGCCUCAUAUGUUGUCACCUCCAUCAUAGGCGCUCAGAGUAGCGGGAAGAGCACCUUAAUGAAUCAUCUUUUCGGCACCGGAUUCACUGAGAUGGACAUAAACAAGAGAAGGUGCCAGACAACAAAGGGGAUUUGGAUAGCUAAAUGUGCUGGUAUUGAGCCUUGUACAUUGGCCAUGGAUGUGGAGGGUACGGAUGGCAGGGAAAGAGGGGAGGAUGAUACAUUUGAGAGACGAAGUGCGCUAUUUGCACUCGCUAUUUCGGACAUUGUACUAAUAAAUAUGUGGUGCCAUGAUCUUGGACGAGAGCAUGCUGCGAACAAACCUUUACUAAGAACAAUUUUUGAGGUUAAGGUUAUGAUGCAUUCAUUUGACCCUGCCCGUAAGACAACAUUAAUAUUUAUUUUACGGGAUAAAACAAAGUCCUCGCUUGAACUUCUCCAACUUGACUUAAAACAUGAUAUACGAAAGAUAUGGAAUGCAGUCCCCAAGUCCAGAGACCAUGAAAGCACCCUGCUCGAUGAAAUUUUCUUUGUUAAGGUUAUGAUGCAUUCAUUUGACCCUGCCCGUAAGACAACAUUAAUAUUUAUUUUACGGGAUAAAACAAAGUCCUCGCUUGAACUUCUCCAACUUGACUUAAAACAUGAUAUACGAAAGGUAGAAGUAGUUGCUUUGUCCAGUUAUGAAGAUAAGGAAAAGGAGUUUCAAGAGGAGGUUUCUCAAUUGAAGCAACGAUUUAUCAAUUCUACCUCCCCCGGAGGGCUUGCGGGUGGUGACCGAACGGGUGUUCUGCCUGCCUCAGAAUUUUCUCAUUAUGCACAGGAGAUUUGGACACAAAUAAAAAAGAACAAGGACCUGGAUAUUGCUUCCCACAAGCUUUCAGGAAUAUUAUCCAUUUCAUCGACGCAGAUGGAAUGAUGGAAUAAUGUGUGCUUUUUGUUGUUUGUACCGUACCAUGUGUAUCAGAUUCAACAUAGGAUGAUCAACUCCGUGCUAUAGUUUUCCUGUUCCUUCAUAGUUAAUGGAAUAAAAGGUGUUUCCCGAAAUGCCUGGUUUUCAAAUUAGUUAGGUUGUUUUGUCUCUAGGUGAGUAGAAAUUAGAUUGUAAAUCUGUGUACUACACAGUUUACAUACUUUUUAAAUAUGUAAUGUCAUUUUUAGUCUUCCGCUUGAAUAUUGUUUCCUUGUUUUGAAAGCAAAAGCUUCUGAAUAAAUGUUGCUAUGGUACGUAGAGGUCGACUGCAGUGGGAUCGGGUGUUUGUGGUAACGCAAAUGCGCAGGACAGUUUAAAUAGAACUGAAAUGGUGUCCAUCAACAAGUUCUCUCAGCUCUAAUCAGGAGGCUUAAAGAUUGGAAUCAACAUAUAUAUGGUUAGGUGCGUUACAAUUUUCUUAGAUGGUAAUUAGCUAGUUAAGCAAGUUUUAGAAAGGUAGUU